GAUCUCAAAUUGGAGAUGAGAAACACCAGAGGAACAUGUUCGCUAAUGUUGCAGGACUGGGAAGAAAAGCUUGCAAUAAGAUUCUUAGAAGAAUACAAUUUGAGGCUCUUUCCCUUUAUCUGGAGCAGCAAAAGGUCUGGGAACAUCAUGAUGGCCAAUAAAAGAAGUCUUGAUGGUAUGGACUCACUUAUUUGUAGUAAGAUGCCACGACUGGAGAACAAUCAAAAUGGAUUAUCAGCAGGACUUUAUAAACCCAGUCCCCUAUCUAGUUAUGCUGCUGAAAAUCCCCUCAAGUACACUGGAUCUUAUUUAGCAUACCAUCUUCAAAGUCGUGAUGGAACUGAUCCAUCAGGAGUCUGGAACCAGCCCCAACCUUACAUGCAUCAUAUGGGUGGUCCAAAUACCCAGUCACCACCAGGUCAAGUUUCAAGUCUUAGCAAUCGCUUAUAUCAGACAGAACCUGAAACUGGGCCCCGACCAUUUCAACCAUCUAUAAAUGCGAAUGAUAAACUUGACUUGGUCAAAGAUUUGAUGAAUGUUCGAUCAAAAUGGGUCAGUUUUGUUGAACGGCAAAAGAACUUGAGAAAAAGCCAAAAUCUCCCACCAGUGCUGUGUUCGACUGCAGUUGGAAAACACAGUUUACUUUCAUCUGCUUUAUCUACAGUUAGUAACUGUGCAAAUGUAGCAUUUCCACAACCAGUGUAUAGAAAUAGUGUCUGUUGUUCAGGAGCUGGUUUCUCUUUGGAAAAUUCAACGGAUCAUUUUUAUAGAAGAGGACCAGAAACUGAAUGGAGGAUCCCACCUCCUGUUACUUCCAGCUGUUUAAUUGUGAAUAACAGUCAACUGGUGCACAAUCAGCAAUAUGCCAAUCCACUUGUGAAAAAUAAUUCAUUGCAUAGUGGAUCUGGCAGUAUACCGGUUAGCUCUGUGGGCAGAAUCACUAAAGAAACUGGAAAACCACCUGGACUGCGUUCACCUCUAUGUCGAGGAUAUGGAACUUACAAUAGUGAUGUUCUACAGGAUCCCAGAUAUUCCAUGCUCUCAUAUGAAAACUCUAAUGGCAGUGUUCCAAGUCAUAGCAGCACAUCCAUACAUAAUAUCCAAGACUUGCAGAAAGUUCCCUUGCAUCCGUUUGUGACGACUGAAGGGCAACAGAUGCAACCGCCUUUGUAUCGUGAUAAGCCAUCGCCACCAAAAUAUCCAAUGCCAAUUCAGCCAAAGGUUUUGCAUUCUCGGAACACCAUUUCAAACCAGCAAAGUGUCGGUACUUACUCAUUGUUACAUCCACGUAGCUAUAAGGCCCAAAUGGGAAAUUAUCCAGUGCCAGGUGCAGGUGGGCGGAUGCCUGCACCCAGUUCUGCUUUUGCAAGGCAGCUUGGUUCAGAGUAUCCUUAUGCACAGUCAUCUGAAUCUUUUGGGUAUCCUGUUCGUCCUCAUCCUCCUCCACAGCAGCAGAAAAGUGUCUCUGUGACUGGUCCUUUGGUUCAUUCUGUCUCACAGCCUAUGACACAACCAACAGAGUUUGAGCAACAGAGUUCUCCUGGAAACAAAGUCUCUUCAUCUCGCCAAGAUCCAACAAAUGCAAAGCAUCCUUCACCAGACCUGUUGCAUUUCAGACCACGCAUCAUUGCACAAACAAAUGAACGGUGCUACAAUUCAUUAAACACUCUUUACAAUAUGGAAUGUACUGGUCAGCAGCAGUUGAUAAGCAAACACAGUGCCUUUCACCCUGUACUGUCUGGCAAACACCUGAAGGGGUCAUUUGAGAGACCUGCUGGCUCUCCAGGUGACCAAAGAUCAACGGAUAUUUAUCUGCAAGAGAAUAGCCCAGGCUUUCACAUUUCCCCUAAAGGUGAUCAUGGUAGGUCUAUUUUCAAUAAAGAACCUGAAAUCCUGAAUAAUAAUUCAGAAGUCAGAUUGGAUAGCCCACAAAAAAGCUAUACUGUUAGUCCAACCAGAAAAACAUCUGUGAUUAAUUUCUCUCCUGCUUCCUCCCCUGCUGCUAAUGAAAGCAGGAGAGCAACUCCACCUGCUUCCCCUCCUAUGCCAGUCAUAAACAAUGUGUUCAGUUUGGCACCCUACAAAGCUUACCUGGAAGCCACUGGUCUGUUCUUCUCAAAAUGUCCAAACUGCCAACCAGACUGUGAUAAAUCAUGUUCGUGUUCUUUGGAAAAUAAAACUGAAAGCAGCAAAAAUGAUGGUAUCAUAGAUCUGGAUUCCAAUACAUCUGGCCCUAAAAGACUGCCAAAGGCUAGCAGUCAGUUGCAACCCAAGAAUGAUGAAUUGAAAACAGAUGAUGCUUCUGUAUGUUUAGAAUCUACGAAUGAGAAAGGUUCACCUGAAGAUGAGCUAAGUAAAGCAGUAAGCAAGAAGAACUCUUUAGAUACUCAGCAUCAGGAGAUUAACCUUUCUCCUAAAUUCAGCAGACCCAGUAAUGGCCAACCUCAGCAAAGUGGUAAUGAUGAUGCCAGGUGUGUGGUUCACAGUGGUGAUGUAAAGCUUGGGAUGAACAAGAUGGAUGAUAUGGCUUUGGACCUAAGUACUAAAUCAAAAAGUCCGCCUUUGAAUGUUACUCAGCGUGCUCUAGUUUCUGGUGAGUCUGGAGAAAAAUUGAAAUGUACGAUUGAAAUAUCAAAUGAAAAGAAAGAAAAUACUAUAGAAUCUCUGAGUUCUGAAGAGAAACAGGAACACACAGAACCAUCUGGAGAGCACAGAGUUAAAGCCUCGAAUGAAACAAGCAGCACAAGUGACCACCUUAUUAUAGAAAUGAAUAAGUAUAAAAUACUGAGACCUGCCCCUCCAAAGAUUGGUGAAAAUAAUCCAACUCUGCCAUCUGAAGACAUUAUUAAAGCUAAAAAAAGUAGUUUAAUUGGAUCAGUUGAUCCCUCAGCAUUAAUCCUGAGACCCCUGAAACCUCUGAAGCGAAUAUUGCCUGAUGUAAUUAAAUCAAUUAUGAGUUCUACUCCCGAAUCUAGCAAGACACCUUGUAAAACCAAAGUGGACUCAUCCUGUAAUGGCAAGUUAACACAGAACGAGAAUGACACUUACAAUUAUUUUGCACAUCUUCAUCAGUCCCUAUGUGACAUGAUCACACAGUCUGUGGCUGAAACUUCUGAAGAGGUUUUGCGUGCAUGUUUGCAUGACAUUGAAGAACAGGAAACUCCAAACUUAAGAUCUUCAAUAAAGUCAAAAAAUGGUACAAGAAGCUUUGAGGCAUUGAAGAUGUCAAAAUCCAAAGAAAUUUGGCGCAACUAUGGCCAAGUCCAACAGACCCUGCAAAAACUGCUUUCCUACUUGGAAAGCUAUAUUUAUUCUAGAACAUGCCCAUUUCCCCACGUAAUAAGGGCUGGCACAAUUUUUAUUCCAAUAUAUUUAGUGAAGGAGAAAUUAUUUUCCAGCCUCAAGGGCGCAACAAUUGAUCAAGUUUUCCAGGAGCACAAAAUAGAACUGAGACCGACGACCCUUUCAGAGGAGAAAAAAUUGCAAACAGAGUUACAGCUUCAAAGGUGUUCUUCCAGACUAAUCAAGCUACUUUCCUUAAAACAGUUACCUGAAAUCUAUCAGGAUCUGCUGGAUGUUUUGUGGCAUUCUUGUGUGAAAAUUCGUCUUGAUCUACCUUCACAUGUUGGUCUAGAUGCUCCAGUUCAGGUGAACAAAGUGAUGAAAACGUGAAGGAAGCAACUGUUGCUCAGAAUCUGGCUGACCAUAGUGCUAAUGAAAAUCAGCGUGCACAGCCUCGUUCUACAGAAAUCAAAACCAAAACGGUAGCAAACACUGCUUGCUCAAAAGGGAAGCCUGACAAUGGAAUUGCGACAGCCAGGCAUAAUGCAAAACUUAGGAAAAGACAGAGGAAGAUUAGAGCUACAACCUCAUCCAUAAAUUGUAACUCUAAAUGUACUGAUUCCAGCAAUAGUUCACAAUCUUUACAGAAAAUAAAGCCAAAAUCUGUUCUCCGCUUAGAAAAAAAGUCCAGCACACCAGUUAAUCAAGAUGCUAGUAUAGAACGGUCAAGCAGAGUGUGCCGGCCAGGCUCUAGAAAGUUUACAAUGAAAAGGGAAGGAGUUUACAAUGAAAAGGGUUUCAUGAAAGGCAAUUUUGAAAGGAAGGGCAGUACUUUGGUGGUUCGACUAAAUCGAGUAACUGUCAAUGAGGAUGAUACAGGGACAAACGUUUCCUGCAGUAGAAAGAUCAAAAAAUCUCAAAUGCCAAUCAAGAAAAAGAACAAUGGUGCACUGAGGCCAACUAGAAGCACAUCUAAAGUCCUGCAUCUUCGUGGCUCAAUUGUACGGUUAAAAUUUCAGAAACCAAGACAAACUGCUCCAUGCAGAAACAUAGUGCUGAAGUCAAUUGUUGCUGCAAGAAAGCCUUUAUUAACACGUACUUCUCAACAGCUUGAUAAGAAAAUAACUAAAUCCCGUUCCUGUGGAAAACGCCAAGGCAAGGAAUACCCAAAUUUAGUGGGCAAACGUAUAAGACAUCUAUAUGAGGAAAAGGAUAAAUCAGAGUCCUGGUAUAAAGGUGUAGUGGUCCGAGUGCAUGAAAAGCACCAGAAUCCUCUAGAAACUGUAUAUGAAGUUAAAUAUGACACUGAACCUGACUGGCAGUACUACCUUGAACUCUUACAGGAUUAUGAAAAAGGGUGGCUAAGGGUUGAUGACUGACCUGUAAAAUUAAGCACUGUGCUAUAUUCUUUGUUUCCAUAUCUAUAAUGGUAAUCUCACAGGCAAAAGUAAAAUAGAAUUGCAUGUGAUUAUCUGAGGAAAGCAAUUCAUCAGGUCUUCAUUGUUUAUUUAACAGGGGGAAAGAAAGAAUGCUGCAGUUCCCACAUUCCCUUUAAAAUUACAGUGCAAAAUAUUAGAUACCAAUUUGGCUAUGUGGGGAUUUUUUGGGUUGUUGCACAACUAAGAGAUAUCAUUGUGCAGGUCUCCAUUGCAAAGGUAGAAAAUAUUUUGAAUACUAUGAUUUCAAUAACUACUGAAAGUGCUGGAAUGAAAUUCAAUGCAAAUAUUUCUAAUAGAGUUAACUAAAGGUAAAGGUCUCCUUGUCCCAAACUGUUUAAUUCAACAAAAAUGAGUAAUGUACCAUUCAUCCUACUGUAAUAUCUCCGUUAAGUAUCAAUAUUUUCUAGAUGAAUUUGUUUUGCACUGUCUUCUCCAUAUUCUCUUCUGGUGCUGAAUCCUUCGUCUGUGUGUGCCAGAAACCUUCAGUCCUUGGCUCGUUACGAUUCUCUAUGCUUCAGCCAGAAGCAAGAGUUGGUGAGAUGUUUGGGGUGGGGAGCCUUACAGCUUAGUCCAAUUCAAUUGCUGCUGGAUGUCUAUACAAGCACUUCCCAAGUGGAUAGCUUUUGAAAGCUGUGACCCUGGAUCAUCUUUUGUUCAAUUCCCGAGCCAAUGCUAGAGAUCAUUUGGGGGUCUAAUGCAGGACUAACUUGGACUAUGAUUUACAAUUAACAGAUGGUAUGUAACACAAACUGGAAAUCAUUGUGUUUUUACAAUGUCUAUUCUUGUAUGAUAGCCAUUCAAAUUCAGUUCAGCAAUUUGGAUAUGAAAGUUGAAUUUAGAUAUAGUUAGUGUAGAACUUACAAUACUGCCAGCAUAAUUGUUAACUGCUUCCCUCCCACCCUACUUCUAUACUGUCCAAUUACAUCUCCUAAGUGAGAACUUGGGUGCAAGCGGAAACAGUUCAAUUCAAAAACAAUGCUGCUCGUCAGUCCUCUGCUAUUGAGAUAUUUAUCAAAAAUGGAUGACUGCUACCAUAUAGGAGGCCUUUUUUGAUUCAACAUUUUAUCAAUUUUAAACCAUUUUUUUUGUAGGGCAGUGAUUUUUGCAAUGCACUUUCCAUAAACAAUUUUAGAAAAAAUUCUCUCCCUUUCCCUCCACCCAAUGAAACCUUUGUAUUCAUGAUAUGUUUGACAAGUGCAUUCAUCUAAAUUGUUACUGAUGUACAGACUAAGAAAUUGGGGCAUUGAUAGCACAAACUGCAUUAAGUAGUAUAGAUACACUGUAGUGUUUUGUAUGGACUUUUUGUAAUGAGAAAAUUAGCUAAUUAAGUUAAAGUUGUUACAUUUUCAUACUUUGUUGAUAUUGAAAUAUUACAUGAAAAUGGGAGGUUAAAGAAACAGUGUUGCUAACUCCUUUGUGUGGAUACUUUUGUAUAAAGAUUUCAAACCAGUUCAAUUUUUUUUUA